CUGUAGCCUCCCUGGUGGUAUUCCCAAGUGUAGCUCGGGGUAAAGUUUCAGUACCACAAGCGGUAACCCCGAGCUACACUCGGGCUUACCAUGCGGCGCUGCUCCACGAUCCCUCGGUCACUUACCUUGUCCUGCGCUCCCUUGGUGUCCCUCCUGCAGUGUCCCCGGCAAUGUAAUCCGGCAGAUGCCGGCAUCUGUUAUCUGGGUUCCAUCCUCUGCGAGCGUCGGAACAUACGGGGGACGGAACUGGCGGGAAAUUUGAAAAUGACAAAAAGUGACAUUACUGUACCAAACCAUUUCACAUACAUUUUGUCCUGUGCCCUGCCUGCAUUUUACUGUUCUUUC